AUGGGUGUUUUCUCGCGCUCCUGGCCUGAGCUUCAACGUGAAAAUCACUUUUUGGGGUUUGCAAGACAACGCACCAAGUCGAUCAGCAGCAACACGCGACGCUUCUCCAUUUUGUAUUGGGGUACUUUUGCUACCACUUUUCUAUAUUUUGUCUCCGAUCAAUUGGGCUAUACUACAGAAAUUCUGCACGAAAGUUACAGAUAUACAUACAAGUACGAGCCGCUACGUUAUAUACGGCUACUUGUCAUAUUUUAUAACAUUACUGUAUGGAAUAUUGCCCUGCACACCUACAUCUGCUUCUCGAAUAUCAUGUACUGGGAGGCGAAGAAGUUUAAUAAAAAAUUAAGAGUGCUUAAAACAACUCAAACCUCUCAUUUACUGGAAAAAGUCGAAAAUAUGAUACGGCUCCAUACGCAAUUAGGCCGUUGCACCCGGGAAUUGGAUCGGAUUUUUCAGGUUUUCGCCUUCCUUAUGGUAUGCACAAUAAUCCCUUCCACCCUAUUUACGCUGGCCCUGGUCCUGACGCGCUCCAGUCUUUUCGGACUCGUUCUGUGCAUCCCAUCCGUUUGCUACUGCGCCUAUGGAUACUAUGGAGUUACGCUAACGCCAGCUACGCUUCAUGAAGAGCUCUCCAAAUCCAAAGCGAUCCUGUGCAUGACGGAAAGCAUCUGGGUCCCGUUUGAGAGCAAGCUGAAUCGGGUGGCCCACACCCUACUAAUCCACUUGGACCAAGCUGAUUUGGGGAUAUCCCUCUGGGGAUUCGCCCUCGUCACGAAACCCAUGAUUCUUACGACGGUCUCCGUGAUGAUGACCUGCCUCGCCUUCUUCCUCGAGCUAAAACCAAAGGAAUGCCCGGGUUUUCACGCGAAUUCCACUGCCAUGCGA